AGACCGCUUCAUUAUAAUCAGUCCACAGAAUMUUUGUGGACUAUUCACCCAACCGCGAACGGCUGACAUAUAGUUCUACAGAAUACUUGCUACAACUUUCUCUUCAGACAAGCUGUUUGUUUUCUUCUGAUCACAGCAUAAAUUGAAAAAUAUCAACUGUGUACGUCUAAUCCCGUCAUGGACAAUCCGACAAUUACAACCGAACCAACAGCGCCUCCAACAUAUCCUGAUCAGGGGUACAUUCAGGCAGGGUACCCACAACAAGGGUACCCCCCUCCACAGGGCUAUCCCGGUCCUCAGCCGUACCCUCCAAGUCAUCAAACAACAACUAACGUUACGGUAAUACAGCAACAGCCUACCGUAAAACAGCCAAGAAAAUGGAGCUCUGGCAUGUGUGGCUGUUUUGAAGACUGUGGUUCAUGUUUUUUGGGAAUGUGUUGUCCUUCUUGUCUGUUGACUGAAGUAUCUUCACGUAUGGGAGAAGGGUGCUGCUUCACUUGCUGCUGUCCUGGAUCGUUGCUUGGACUUCGUAUCAAACUUAGAGUAGAGAACAAUAUCCAGGGUUCUCUAAUGGAUGACUACUGUGCCGUCAUGUGCUGUCCUUUGUGUGUCUUGUGCCAGCUGUCCAGAGAACUCAAGAGCCUUGGACGUUAAAAYUYCCCAUUUCUGCACACUCAAACAAAUAAGAAUAAAUCUUAUAAUCCACAGAGUGYCUGUCUAGAGACAGAACUCAAGCACCUUGAGCUUUAAAAUACCCAAUUUGUGCACUAUCCCAUAUUGCACACAAGACUUUGCGUUCUGGCAGCUGUGCUGUGAAACAACAUCUCAGCCACAAAAUUCAGAUAAUAAUUAGCAACCAUAUAUAAAACUAACUAAUAAUAAUMAUCAUAAUACAAUAAUGAUAAUGAUGACAAUAAUGAUAAUAGUAAGUCAGAURUUAAGCCAGUGAGCACUCAAUGAAAUGAUGGUUGAAAAGUACAUCAAAGGAAGAUAUUUUACUGUCUUUAUAUGUAAGGGUCAGUGGAUGUUUCACAAGCAAUUUCAGUACAGAACUAACAAUUAAUUAAUUAUCUAUAAAUCAUUAUAUUUACAAUAAACCAGCACUGGGUACUGCCUUUCAAGCAUUAAAGUCAAACAAUGUUA